UCCACUCAAAAAAUCUGCCUGAACUGUUGGGAAUAAUUCUGCAGCUGAAUCUGUUAAAAAAAAAAACUGCCAUUAAUGGCUUUACUUAGCCAACAGCUGCAGAAAUUCCUGCUCACAAGAAUAAACAACUCCAAUUCUGUCUAUAACACCAAUAAGAAAAACCCAGUAAUUGUAAGACAGAGAAAAAGAUCAUCAUCAUCAUCAUCAUUCAAAUGUUCUUCUAUUGCAAUUGAAGCACCAUCUUCUUCCAUAGCUGAUGUUGCAGGGAUUAGAUGGGGUUUUACCAAGUUACAAGGCGCUCGAGACGAGAUGGAAGACGAAGCUGUUAUUGUUCAGCCUGAUACACUUUGUGGAUUCUCUUUUGCUGCUGUUUUUGAUGGCCAUGGUGGUUCUUCUUCUGUUAAAUUCUUAAAAGAGGAGCUAUACAAAGAGUGUGCUCAAGCUCUACAAGGUGAGUUGCUACAAACUGGGAAAACCUUUGAGACAAUUAAGAGUACGAUAAACGAGGCUUUCGAGAAUGUGGACUCGAGAUUAUCGAAAUGGUUAGAAGAAAAAGAAGGGGAUGAAUCUGGGGCAACAGCUACAGUCAUGCUGGUUAGGGAUGAUAGACUGUAUAUUGCUCAUCUUGGUGACUCCUCUGCGGUACUCUCGCGUUCAGGGAAAGCAGAAGUAUUGACUGAUGCUCAUAGACCUUAUGGAAGCAACAAGGCAUCACUUCAGGAAAUCAGAAGAAUCAAUGAAGCAGGUGGAUGGAUUAUCAAUGGGAGAAUAUGUGGAGAUAUUGCCAUAUCUCGUGCUUUUGGUGACAUUCGAUUUAAGACAAAGAAGAAAGAGAUGGUGGAGGAAGGAGUUAAGGAAGGGAGAUGGUCGCCGAAGUUUGCUUCUAGGUUGAAGUUUAAUGGUGAUUUAGUUGUUGCUCGUCCUGAUAUAAUCCAAGUAGUACUUGGAUCAGAUGCAGAAUUAGUACUCUUAGCUUCUGAUGGCUUAUGGGAUUACAUUAACAGCUCGGAAGCAGUAUCUUUUGUCAGAAACGAGCUACGACAGCAUGGAAAUGUUCAGCUUGCGUGUGAGUCAUUAGCAAAUGCGGCUUUGGAUCGUAGAUCACAAGACAAUAUUUGCAUAAUUGUAGCAGAUUUAGGGAAAACGAAUUGGCAGAAUUUACCUGCAGAUAAACAGAACGUAUGGUACGAGUUUGGCCAAGCCUUAGCCACACUUAGUGUUGUUUCUCUCGGAUUAUGGUUGUCUUCGUUGCUGGUUUUGUAAAUUGGUAGCUCAAAAUACAGUGUAUAUAGAACAACAAAUACUCAGUCUAUAGGAAUCAUACUAUAUACAGAGUACCAAGUGUUAUAAUAUCAUCUGUACAUGUUUUUUUUAAAA